AUGGGGAAACCUGCCUGCAGUAGGAGCCCAGGGCAGCUGGAAAACCCCGGCUUCUUCCUUCGAGCUCUCUUCCUCCUCCUCUUCUGCAGGCAUGUUUCUUCCCAGUGCAAGAUCCUACGCUGCAACUCCGAGUACGUGGCUGCCACCCUCAACCUGCGCGGCUCCAACAGGAACGCGGCGUACUGCAACGCCCUGCGCUCCUACUCCCACUGCACCCGCAAGACGGCUCGCACGUGCCGGGGCGACCUGGCCUACCACUCCGCCGUCCACGGCAUCGAGGACCUCAUGAUCCAGAACAACUGCUCCAAGGAGGGGCCGACAUCGCCACCCCGACCCCGGCCCCCGGCCCCCAACCAUCAGGGCUUCGAAUCUCUCGAUAUCUGCAACUACGAGAAGAGUUUUCUCUACAAGCACGGCCAGCCCCCCAGCUACCAGCACUGCGCGGCUUUCGGGGACCCCCACAUCCGCACUUUCCAUGACGACUUCCACACUUGCCGAGUGGAGGGCUCCUGGCCUCUCUUGGACAAUGACUACUUGUUUGUGCAAGCGACCAGCUCUCCGGUGGCGAAGGGGUCCAACGCUACGGUCACUAGCAAGCUCACCAUCAUCUUCAAGAACAUGAAGGAAUGCAUCGACCAGAAGGUCUACCAGGCUGAGAUAGACAACCUCCCGGCGGCCUUCGAGGACGGCUCGGUGAACGGCGGCGAGAGGCCGGGCGGGAGCAGCUUGGCCAUCCGGGAGCGCAGCCCUGGGCGGCACGUGGAGAUCCGUGCAGAGUACAUCGGCACCACCAUCGCUGUCCGUCAGGCCGGCCGCCAGCUCUCCUUCUCCAUCCGGGCAGCCGAGGAGGUGGCACGCGCCUUCACGGAGGAGCAAGACCUACAGCUCUGUGUGGGCGGCUGCCCCCGCAGCCAGCGCAUCUCCCGCAGCGAGUGCUGCCGCGGACGCAUGGCAGCCGAGACGGCUCGGGCGCUCUGCAAGGAGAUGCUGCCCGUGGAGGACGUCUACUUCCAGUCGUGUGUCUUCGACGUGGUGACCUCGGGGGACGCCAACUUCACCAUGGCGGCUCACGGAGCCCUGGAGGAUGCCAGGGUCUUCCUCCCCAACGCUGAGAAACUGCACAUCUUCCAGGCUGGGGGAGGCUGCCCGCGCGUCUCUUCUUCCUUCUUCCUCCUCCUCCUCGCCUCAGGUCUUCGGGCUGUUUUGUUGCACUUUUAA